ACGAUAAUGUCAGAGUGUUGGUACUCGACGGUUGAUAAAAGAUAGCGGUGGCUAAACAGAAGUCAGUACUCACCCGUUAUUCGACCUGUCGAUAGACGACAGGAGACCUCAUCGUCUUUCAUAAUUAUUCGUCUCGAGGACUUAACUAUAAAACUAACAAUUAGCUAGGGGAUAAGAAGAAUUAUAGUUUUAUUUAAAAGGAAUGUGGAAAAUGAAAUGUAUUUAGGGUGGCAUAAUCGAAGUGAUCGGGAUCGGACGGUGAUCGAGUGAAAAUGUUCAGAGGACAGGACUACGCAAGAUUCGUUUUUUACAUUGUCGAUGGGUAUCGCGUGACUCACUGGCGUAGGAUCACGGCAAGAUCUAUCCGGAAGAACGGUUGACGAUCUUUCGACUUUUUCUUGAUACAAAUAAGAAUCUAAAGAGAGAGAAAGAGAGAAAUAUUAAAUAAAGUUAAUAAAAUAAAAGUUAAGUAAGAAUAAAUGUCGUGUGGAAUAACGACGAAUAGGAGGAAUUUGUUGGAUUCUCCUGGUUGGUCGGCGAUAGGCGAGAGAGUAAAAGAUCAAACCAUGCACGAUGACAAACAGCGCGACUAGACUCGAUCAAGAUUGGAUGAGGAUGGUCGAAUUACGUACUGGCGUUGGGAUGACGGGAGGAUUGGACAGCCCAUCGUCUAAUCAUCGGCUUCAUUACACGAUCCUAACGAUCUUCGAUACGAUUUUUUCGGCCAUAAUAGCUGCACCCGCGGUGGUCGGUUAUUGGAGAGGUACCUGGGGUCUAAGCGACGCUUACCUUUGCAGAGACGAUCCGAUCCUCAGUAGUUUCGUCUCGAUAGCUAUAGGAUUUACAGGACUCUUCUUCUUUAGCAUCACUCAAGACCGUUUAAAUGAUCUUCUGCACCCGGACAAACACAGGUUGUCCUAUUACGCGGGAUCGAGAAUCUACACGGCUGUAUUUGGAUUUUGUUGCGUUAACGCUUGGCGUGGCGCAUGGCAAGCCCUCGAUUUGUACACGGAACUGAUACCGAGGACCGUUUCCUUAACCACCGCGGCCAGUCUUUUAGCACUCGCGAUUAUGCGUGCCAUCAGAAACGUUUCCGCGCCGCCCUUUUCCCUUAGCCUCGAUUCCUGUCCCGGAUACUUCCAAGUGCAGACUAUGUUUCGCGUAAACAAUACGAGGGGCUGGUCGUUGUACUUACUUGAUUGCGCGUUUAGUGUUGGGGUCGUCGGUACACUGGUAGUAUUUGUCUGGAGAGGAGUGUGGAUUCUCUUCGAUCUCUAUCUUCUUCCAGAAAAUAGGGAAUACUCUGCUCUGGGUUCUCUCGCAAUCGGCUACGUAAUAGUAGUCGUAACGUUUAGUUUACAACCCUUGAUGCGUUACGUCUGCGCACGUUUGGAAGGUCUCGCUCGUCUGAUAACGGCCGACGCUUUCCUUCUUCUUAGUUUCCUAGGAACUGUCAAUGUUUGGCGCGGUAUUUGGAACUUAUUAGAUCUAUGGCUCCUGCCGAAUAAUUUAGUACUCUCCUGUUGGAUCACAUCGAUAGGUUGUUUCGUCUUUCUCCUAUUACUCAAUUGCAGUAAUUCCAUUCUCGUUCGCGGGGUUUACAUCGACGCCGAAGAGGAGGAGGGCAAGUGCGUUACCUUUCCUUGUCAUUAUCUUCGACUAUUUGUCAAGAUCGAACGUGAGAAAAAGGAAGCCAGAAGGCGAAAUCUUUUAAGCGCGUCGAAUAAUUUCGCCUCUUGUACCGAUGGAACCGGCAAAGAUGCUGAGAACGGAGCCCUCCUUCAGAAUAGCACCUCGACUACGAUCAUUCCAGGAAAUCCCGAAUCUCUCGUAUAAGAUUACUGCCAAUCCAUCGAAUGCGUUCCUAGGAGUGGUAAAAAGCCCUGCUGCAGUACCGUCAUCUUCUUUUAUUCACUAAAGGAUCGAGAAUAUGAUCGGAUUUACGCUUAAUAGGAAAAGGUACGAACCCAAGGGAAAAACGCUUUCAGUUAGUAUGUCUUUUUAACGACCGAGAAAUAGAGUGUUUAAUCGUCGUUAACUUCGUCAAGAGGAAGAAGAAGAAGAAGAAGAAGAAGCAUCGAGUGAUGCGCGAGCAUUCUGACCCAUGCAAUUACCCAAAGGCAUAAUACUCCUCGUCCUAAAUUAAAUACGACUAAAAACCUCUCCUUUAUAAUGCAUACUUUUCUUCCACGUUAAUAAUCAUAAUGCGACCAAACAAUAAUGCGUAUUAUCGUUUAUUUCCUUUUGAAAUAUCGAUUAACGUAGAAUAAUAAAUCAGAAAAUAAAUAACCACAGAAAAAAAUGA